AUGUUGCGCUGGUACCAGUCGAAGCUCGCAAGGCAGCCCAUUCUCACAACCAGUAUUAGCAGUGCUGUGCUUUUUGCUACUGGCGAUGUUCUAGCCCAGCAGGCAGUCGAUCGCAGGGGCCUUGAGAAGCAUGACUUCGCAAGGACAGGGCGCAUGGCGUUCUACGGUGGUGCGAUAUUUGGGCCGGCCGCCACGGUUUGGUUUAGCUUCUUGCAACGCAACGUUGUGUUCAAGAGCAACAAGGCUACAAUCGCCGCGCGUGUGGGUCUUGACCAAGGUCUCUUUGGUCCACUCAACAUUUCCUGCUUCCUAACAUCAAUGGCCGUCAUGGAGGGCGCUGAUCCUAUCGAGAAGUGGAAGUCGAGCUUCCUCCCGGUCUACAAGGCUAAUUUGACGGUCUGGCCUAUGGUUCAGACCAUUAACUUCGCAUUCGUGCCCCUGGAAUACCGUGUGCUUUUGGUGAACUUUAUCAGUUUGGGCUGGAACUGCUUCCUAAGCUUGAUCAGUAGCGGCGACAAAUAG